CUCCAGCUCAGUCCCAGUUUCCGCGGCCAUGGAUCGGGCUGUCUGUCGCUCUCUUAUCAGAGAGGUCAACAGAGCUUCAAUACUAUCCCGAGAGGCCAGGCCAAAGACGACCGCCACCAAUUUUCGUGUCAUCUUCGAGCAGGGACACCGAAGUGGCUCGAAUCGCUUUGAUUAUGAUCUCCAGAACGCCCUGACCUUCAUGCGCUCGCAACGGAUGCACAAGACAUUGUUGGACCGCUAUAACCCUUUGCAUGACCUCACCACAGAAGAAAGAAUCAAAGCCACCGCGCGACGGGUGGGGCUGGACAUGCCCAUACAUACCCCUGAAGGCGAAGAUGGUUCUUGAAUGAGUGGUGGCUUUGGUUCAGAUCUGCCUGUAUGACCCUGAACCGUUCAUUUGUCGCUUGGGUGGCCAUUCCGCCACAUACGUUGAGGCCGGCUUGUACCUCACGCCAUUGUGAUCUAUCCAGAUACCUUGGUGGUACCAAUUUGGCGAGACGCCACACAAGGACCUCCCUGAAUAGACUAGCCCAGGAUGACGCAUU